ACCCAUUCAAGCUUCCUACAAACCAUUGUUUUCUUGUCGCGAUUAAGCAACCAUGAUUUCCCAACGCGAUAAGCAAAUUUUCAGAGAUGAUAGUCGUGCAAGCGGGACAAGGCUCAGUGCUGCUGAGCGUGAGAGCCUACUCAAGCCCUAUUUACCUGAGCCGUCGGAUCUACUACGUCGACCUCAACGGCGAAAGAAGGCAACAAUCCGAAAAACCCCUAUCCGCACAUUCCUCAAGUCGCAAUUACACCAUCUAAUUUACUCCGUCAUCCAUAUCAUCUUUGGAAUCGCUGUGCGUCUGAUUCAGGUUUAUCAUGCGGUUUCGGAUCGCAUUCUUGCGGUGGUAUAUCACCAUCACCGCACGCCUGAGUUGAUCCGAAAAGACGUAAAAAACCUGGAUCGCCUGCCAGAGCAUCUGAGUGUGAUAUUGUCGCUUCGGGCUGGGGAUGAUGCUCUUGCCAUUUUGAUGAAUGAAGUAGCAGAACUGGCCGCCUGGAGUGUUAGUGCUGGCAUUCCCGUACUCAGUGUCUAUGAGAAAAAUGGAAUUCUGAAAUCAUGCAUUCCCAGCUUGAACCAGGUCAUUUUGGCCAAGCUAUCCUCAUACUAUGGCUCCCCUGCUCAACAACCGACAUUGCGGCUCUUUGCUCCACACCACCCCAUCCAUCAAGAUAACUCGUCUACUCCCAAGUACAAUCCGGAUACACUCACAAUACUCCUUCUUUCUGCUACCGACGGCCGAGAGACCUUUGUGGAUCUCACCAAAACUCUGGCUGAAAUGUCCCAGAACGGCAAACUAUCGCCUGAAGACAUCACCAUAGACCUGGUGGACGCAGAGAUUAGUGAGAUUACGACGCAACCUUCCCAGGUUACAACAUCGGGUCUGGGCGGGAGCAAAGUAAUUUCCAAUCCUGUUUCUGUGAAGCCUGAGCCAGACCUGCUUCUAGUAUUCGGCCCUUACCUGAAACUUGACGGCUAUCCACCCUGGCAUAUUCGCCUCACAGAAAUGUUUUGUACCGGAGAUAAGAGUAGCGCCAUUACCGGCUCUGGCGAGGCCGUCGAGUAUCAAAGUUUCUGCCGGGGUCUAUGGCAUUUUGCAGGAGCUCAAAUGAGAUUUGGGCGAUGAUAGUUUAUGGAUAUUCAAGAGACAUUUAUCACAAAAUCAAUAUCAUGAGAUUAACCCCUCAUCCUGACUACCAGUACUUGAGUCAAGGUAAAACAGCGCCAUCAGACAAGGUUGCAAGGGGAAGUACCAAGCGUAUAGGAAGUAGUUAUCGACCAUUGUCUUUGCUUAUGUUGUUCCAUGUCGAUGGACGGGUUUGAAGAAAGAGUACAAUUGCUCAUUCGGUUUGAUGUAUUGCCACUUGACGGUGUAUUGUACUAGUCUCUCCAUUGACGUGAACAAAUUCAAUCGAAAAGAUGUGUUUGUUGACUGUUUCCCCUCUACCAUUCGUCAGGGCACGACUGCUAAAUUUCAGAGGCAACAGAUUUGAUUCCAGAUGUUGCUGGAGACAGCGUAACGCAAUCCACCAAAGGAGAGAGGAAAGGGGAUAAAUUGUCCGUAACUAUAUACAUUUGGAUACUAAAGCUCCAGGCCCCCAUUCGCUACAAUCCACUGUCAACAACUGCAAUCAUCUAUCCGUCGAAUGUAUGUAUUAAAUCCGACUCAAUGUCCAACCAAGCUGACAUGAACACUCCUAUGCAAGACCUGUAACUCCGACCUCCGAAAACAAACAGUCUAGUGAGAUGAAUAACCUCUUGCACAACCGAGGCAUUUCACUACCUCUAUUCCUGUUUCAGUCACAUUCUCGACAGCACAGCGAGAGCAGAUCUUCCUGGGUCGGGUGGAGCAUGGUUUAUUGCCAUAACUGCCGUCAUGAAUCAUGAUAGAGGAAUCACGACAUGAAUAUGUUUCCCAAAAUAAGUGACCCAUACCAAUGCAAUCGACCGCCUCACAUUAGCAAAAGCAAAUAUAGCAAUUUUGCUAAUCGCAUAUACUAUAAUUUGUAUAUACUUCAAUUAAUUUCUGGGUUGUAGAUUUUCUAUAGCAGAUAUAGUAUAAACGUAAUAAUGAUGUAGG